AUGAAUUUUGAAAACAGAUGGGUCUUGAGAUCCGCUCUGAACUUCGCAAGUGAUGGAGAAAUAGUUAGAGAAGUAGGUAGAGAGUUCCCGAGAAAAGGACCAGAAAAAGCAAAAGCAGAUUUGGCAAAAGAGUGUUUAACACGAGUUAAGAAAAAGCGAGAAGAAGAAGACGAUCGUAAACCGGGGCGUUUAGAGAAUUCUUUAAGUAAAUUAGAAGGAAGUAGAUCUAGAGAACAGGUUGUAGACGACAUAGAAUUAAUAAUUUUAGUUAGUUCUAAAAGAUUUAUUGGAGUAAAUACAGAGAAAGAUUCAGUACGCUGCUCUUGCUGCCAUGAAGUUAUAGGCGCUCGUGUAAGAGCAGGCGAUGUCCUGAUGCUCGCACCUGUAUUAAUCAGGGCUUUAGUCGUCAAGUGGCGUAUGAAUCCAAGGCCUGUUUUCACUGGGCCUGUCAGUCAGUCGGUCGGCUUUCGCACAACCCUGGCCUGUUUUCACUGGGCCGUCGAGUCUGGUUGGCUUCCGCACAACCAGCACAAAACAACAAGAGUCAGAACAACACUGGAAACAAAUUGUGUGACUUUAGUAACUAUGCCAAUGAGCAUAGAAUCACGAAUUAAGUCUCUUAAAUACCAGAAUAGGCACCGAUUAUUCGAAGCUGCCUAA